AUGCCGUACUGGUUGAGGCAUUUGAGGAAUUUGGCGUACCGUGACCCCGUUGUCAGAGCAUUGGAAGACCCUUUCAGUGUUUUUACCCGCGAUCCGUUCUUCCGUGAUCCGGUUAAAUACAUCAAGCAUUUCACGGCGCCCAUCGAUCAUGAGCAUCAUGGAAUCGAAGGAGUUUACUCUGACUCCGAAGUGAAGGUGGACGGGAAGAAAGUGGAGGUGCAUCUCGACGUGCAGAACUUUACACCGGAGCAGAUUGUGGUGAAGACGGUUGGCAACGAGAUCAUGGUGGAAGGAAAGAAGGAGAUUAAGAGAGAAGACGGCUGGACGAGGAGUCACUUCGAGAGGCGAUUCCUUCUGCCCGAGGGCUUUCCCCCGGAACGUGUAGAGUGCCACCUGGACAAGGGAAAACUAAAAUUAAUAGCUUUCAGAUCGGAAGCUCUCGAGGAGAGAAAAAUACCAAUUCAAGACAAGUCAAGUUCGGAGGAGAAAAAAUCC